GUAAUUUGUAAUUCAUUUUGGUAUCAAAACGGCAUCAUAAUUGGUGUUUGGUUCCGUUGGUUACUGGGGCUUUACAUCGUCACUCUAUACUAUCAGCUUUGAAACCCCCAACAAUCACAUAGAGAGAAACAUUCGAAUCGUCGAGAAACGAUCGUCAAGUUUCAUUCUUCAUUUUCAUCAAUGGCGGCGAUCUUAGCCCGCAAGUCGCUUUCUGCUCUUCGUUUUCGUCAGCUUUCUUUGACGGGACAUGCUUGGCAAGACUUCAAUGAGCUGGGUACAAGGUCAUUUGCCACAAAACAUUCAUUUUCUACUGAUAAAGAUGAUGAAGAAAGAGAAAAGCUUGUGAGAGAGAUAUCAAAGGAUUGGAGUUCUGUUUUUGAGAGGAGCAUAAAUACUUUGUUUCUCACUGAAAUGGUUAGGGGGCUAUCUCUAACUCUUAAAUACUUCUUUGAUGACAAAGUGACUAUCAAUUAUCCUUUUGAAAAGGGCCCUUUGAGCCCCCGUUUUCGUGGGGAACAUGCCCUCCGUCGUUAUCCAACUGGAGAGGAACGCUGCAUUGCCUGUAAACUUUGUGAAGCAGUCUGCCCUGCUCAAGCAAUUACUAUCGAGGCAGAAGAAAGGGAAGAUGGAAGCCGUAGGACAACCAGGUAUGAUAUUGAUAUGACGAAAUGCAUUUACUGUGGCUUUUGCCAAGAAGCAUGCCCUGUUGAUGCCAUUGUUGAAGGACCAAACUUUGAAUUUGCUACAGAAACUCACGAGGAACUUCUGUACGAUAAGGAGAAGCUGCUAGAGAAUGGUGAUCGAUGGGAAACCGAGAUUGCUGAGAAUCUGAGAUCUGAAAGUUUGUAUCGCUAAUCUCAGUUACUUUGAUAUGCACUUUGAUGAGACAAUGCUGUUUCAUUUCCAUAUCUUUGAAUAAUCUCUGUUUAUGGAGCUUCGGAGAUCAUUUUUCUGUCGUUUAUGUGACAUUGCUAAAUUGAAAUCGUAUAGAUUUUGUAAUUUUGAUCUGUAAUUUAGCCAUUAUUACCCGCGAGCCUGUGGCUACUAUAAGAUACAACUCACAUGUCAGUUUUUGUUUCGGUCCUUGUAUGUAUUGCCCUUGUCCAGGUCUUUAGGUUCGGAUUUCCGAUUAUUGUUUUCGCGGAUCUUUCACAAAUAGUGGAAAAUGAGAACCCGAAGUAAUUAAUUAAUUGAAGCUUACAAGUUACAAUAGGUAAUAUAGAGAGAAUAUAGCACUCUUUGACCCAAUUUAGUUAAA